AGUUAAUAAAUAAAGCUGCUAAGCAGUGAGGAAUUAGAAGCAGAGUGCAACAGCACAGCAACAGGAAGAAGAUAAAGUAGUAUUGUAUCAGUACAACACAAUGAACAGCAAAGUCACCAUCUCCCUCCUUGUCCUUUAUUUGGCUUCUCCACAAGGAGCGACCCUGCGAUGUCGGUGCAUCAAAACAGAGCCUAAUUUUAUCCAUCCAAAGUUCAUAGACAAUAUUAUAAUUAUCCCUAGUGGUCCCCACUGCCCCAAAGCAGCAAUCAUUGCCACACUUCAAAGCUUCAAACAAGUCUGCCUGAACCCUGAUGCCGCUUCAGUGAAAAAGAUCAUUGGCAGGAUGAUUGAUGGAUCCAAGAACCCUGAAGCAAAUCAAUGAGGAGAAGCCACAACAUCAAAGUGUUGAGAUUGAAACCCAAUUAUGCCAGGGCCUCUAUGUUUUAAAUUCGGUCAUAUUUAUGUGUUAAAAAUAUUUCAUUUAUUUGGUGGUUUAUUUAUGAUUUCAUAAAAGGAUAUUUUGGUGUUUCAAUACCCGUAUAUCUAUUGAAAUUGUACUUUUUAAAAAAUAAUUUAUUUACAUUUUAAAUACAUCAGGAAUUACUGGACUGGAAUAUAUUUAUUUAAUAAAUGAAAUAAUUACUUUGUAUAUUUAUGGCAAAGCUUCUAUUUUUAAUCUCUGCUGAUCUGCUUAACUCAAUGAACUGUUCAAAUAAAUUUUAAAAUUCAUAUGAA